AUGGCCGGUAUUUUAGCGUGGUUUUGGAAUGAGAGGUUUUGGUUGCCCCACAAUGUAACCUGGGCUGACCUAAAAAAUACUGAUGAGGCAACGUUCCCGCAAGCUGAGGAUCUGUAUCUGGCGUGUCCUUUAGCAUUCUGCAUCUUCAUGAUCCGACUGCUGUUCGAGAGGUUUAUUGCCAGACCAUGUGCACUUGGUCUAAAAAUCCAGGCAAACGGACCUCAGAGGGCCCAGCCCAACGCAAUCCUGGAGAAGGUCUUCACCGCUAUCACCAAGCAUCCUGAUGAGAAGAGGUUAGAGGGCUUGUCCAAGCAGCUUGACUGGGACAUGCGGACCAUCCAGCGCUGGUUCAGACAGCGGCGGAACCAAGAGAAACCCAGCACUUUGGCCCGGUUCUGCGAAAGCAUGUGGAGAUUUACAUUUUACCUGUACAUAUUUACUUAUGGCGUACAGUUCCUUAAAAAGACUCCGUGGCUUUGGAACACCAGGGAAUGCUGGUACAACUACCCUUACCAGGCUCUGAGCGUAGAUCUGCAUUACUACUACAUUCUGGAACUUUCCUUCUACCUCUCCCUCCUCUUCUCCCAGUUUACAGACAUCAGACGCAAGGACUUCUUGCUUAUGUUCUUGCAUCACCUUGCUACCAUCUCCCUCAUCACCUUCUCUUACGUGAACAACAUGGCCAGGGUGGGAACUCUGGUCAUGUGUCUGCAUGACGCUGCGGACGUUUUGCUGGAGGCUGCAAAAAUGGCCAACUAUGCUAAGUGCCAGAGGCUGUGUAACGUCCUGUUUGUCAUGUUUGCGUUGGUCUUCAUCAGCUCAAGGCUUGGUGUUUAUCCUUUCUGGAUUUUAAACACAACUCUUUUAGAGAGCUGGGAGAUCGUUGGGCCGUAUCCAUCCUGGUGGGUCUUCAACCUGCUUCUUCUGUUGCUGCAGAGUCUCCAUGUCUUCUGGUCCUAUCUCAUAGUGAAGAUUGCUUGCAGGGCCAUCUCCAGAGGCAAGGCUGGAAAAUGGAACCCUUUACAUGUGUCAAAAGACGACCGCAGUGACAUCGAAUCCAGCUCCGACGAGGACGACGUCCCUCCUCCCGCUCACAAACACCACACCAAUGGCACUAACGGAGCUCACGGCACUAACGGUUACCUGACCGGCUCCGCGUGCGCCGACGAACACUGA